UCUUGCUUUCUACUGCUUUUGUUAAUGUUUGAAUAAGUUUUUGUAUGAUUGUUGUAUUGUUGUAUAAAAAAAAAAAAAAAAAAAAAUUCUUUACACACUUCUUCUAAAGACCUACAUGUUAGAACUGUUCAGUGCAGCUAAAAAAAUCAAACAUUAACAGGAAUCAAUCCCUCCAGUCUAAACACCUCCUCAUAAUCUUCGAUGCUGUUUUCUUUGUUAGUAACCAUACUCUGAACUCAGAUCUCAGAAUUUCUUAUGUUACAGACCAAACCAAAUUGUGAUAUCUCAAAUUCCACUCCAAAUUGUCUCUUCAUUUCCAACUCUCUCAUCCAAGACCUUUCCGUUCUUACCCUCCCAAAUAAUGCCCCUAGAAGAUUAAAGCCUCGCAGGCCUUGUGACUGACUGUGCACAUAAAGACAUCUGCUGAUUACAUAUGCAUCAUAAGCAGUCAACGGUAUUACCUAAUGUUGGUCAUGAUGGGUGGUUCACAUACAUGCUUAACAUACCACUUUUUUUUUUCCAAGUAACCUAUCUGCUCCUUGCAUAUAUUGAUACAGUUGUGGAUUAUUAAUAAUCUGUAAAGACAACUCAAUGACAUGUAAUUUUUUAAUUGUGUAACAAGUAAUUAUUUCAUAUAUAAAAACAGGAUGCUAAAUCUAAUUUUAGAGAUAAAAUUUAUAUAUACUGUCUCUGCGUACUAAGAGCUAAACUAUUGUAACUUUAGAUUGAAAGUAUUCUGAAUUUUUGGCAUAUUUUUAUCAUGAUUAAUUAAUCUGAAAUGGGAAAAAAUAUUUCUCAAAGUUCAUUUAACUUUACAUUUAGCAAUGUAAAUACUAGUAAAAUAGUUUGUUUUGAUAGUAGGUUAAAAAAGUUAGUGGUCGUUCUUAUAGUAUGCAUAUAGAAUGCAUUUUAUAAAUUACCCUUUUAUGUUUUACAUUUAAUUAUUAAUAAUUUCUAAUUGUUUAUUAUUUUAGAUAUUAUUUAACACAAAAGCAAGCCGUUAUGUCACCUCAUGCAGACUGGAGGGAAGAACAUAGACUCCUAGUAGAAAAAAUCCAAUAUAUCUAUCUGUCAGGCGUUCUAAGCAACAUUGUUUUAACCGUUAAAAAUGGGACAAUGUCCAAGGAUUUCAAAGCUCAUUCGCUCUUCUUAGCAAUGGCAAGCCCAGUUUUGGAGAAAAUAAUUGGAAAACAGCAGGCGAAACACAGUAAAAAAACUAUUGAAGUUUUGGGUGUGAAUCCUCAAGUGUUUGAAUCGUUUUUAGAUUAUAUCUAUCUUGAAAGGGUCAACUGGCAAUCAUUUGAGCAGGCUUGUGAGCUUUUUAAACUUGCAGAUAAAUACCGCAUAGUGCACUUAAAGCAAUUGUGUGAAAAAUAUAUAAGGGAAAACGUAAAUGGCAACACUGCCUGCAUGGCAUACGAAUUUGCCAAAACUCAUGAUCUCAUAGAUUUAAUCGAGUCAUGCAAAUCAGUAAUGCAGGAAAAGACAUCUGAAGUUAUUACAAACUCAUUCUUCCCAAAAAUACAAUUAACGACGCUAUUGAUGAUAUUGGAGCAAAACAUGCUCAACAUAUCUGAAAUUACAUUGUUCAAAUCAAUUGAAUUUUGGAUUAAGGAAGAAUUAGAAAGACGAGGAUUGACCGAAAGUCAAGACAGUACUGAAAAACAAGAAUUGUACAAUGAAAUAAUGCCUAAACUUUGCUUUCUCAGCAUGACAUCUCAGGAGUUUUCUGAAGGUCCUGCAGAAAAGCAGGAUGCUUUCAAAGGAACAGAUGUUGGCCAUACUUCUCAACAUAUCAACGAACAAUACUUCUUUUCCAAUGCCUGAUGGAUUUUGUUUGUCGAAACGAGUCAGUUUUCAGCCGAGGCUUGAUGAUGGCAUGUAUUUCAUGUAGGACAAACUCUGUAGCAUAUGCUCACAUGAAAUACACGAAAGUCUGAUAAAUAUCGAAUCCAGUGAAAACAUACAGCUGAAUGGUGUAAUGGCAUGUACAUUUUUUAAAAGUUUUUUUUACGUACUUUUUUACAUGUACGUUUUAUUAAUGCAUUUUGUA